AUGACUUCUUGUCACGUUGCUGAAGAACCGAUAAAAAAGGUUGCUAUCUUUGGAGGAACUCAUGGGAAUGAGUUAACAGGAGUAUUUCUAGUUAAGCACUGGCUAGAGAGUGGCGCUGAGAUUCAGAGAACAGGGCUGGAAGUAAAACCAUUUAUUACCAACCCAAGAGCAGUGAAGAAGUGUACAAGAUACAUUGACUGUGACUUGAAUCGUGUUUUUGACCAUGAAAAUCUUGGCAAAAAAAUGUCAGAGGAUUUGCCAUAUGAAGUGAGAAGGGCUCAAGAAAUAAAUCAUUUAUUUGGUCCAAAAGAUAGUGAAGAUUCCUAUGACAUUAUUUUUGACCUUCACAACACUACUUCUAAAAUGGGGUGCACUCUUAUUCUUGAAGAUUCCAGGAAUGACUUUUUAAUUCAGAUGUUUCAUUAUAUUAAGACUUCUUUGGCUCCAUUACCGUGCUAUGUUUAUCUUAUUGAGCAUCCUUCCCUCAAAUAUGCAACCAGUCGUUCUAUAGCCAAACAUCCUGUUGGUAUAGAAGUUGGUCCCCAGUCUCAAGGAGUUCUGAGAGCUGAUAUUUUGGAUCAAAUGAGAAAAAUGAUUAAACAUGCUCUUGAUUUUAUACAUUAUUUCAAUAAAGGAAAAGAAUUUCCUCCCUGUGCUAUUGAGGUCUAUAAAAUAAUGGAGAAAGUUGAUUAUCCCAGGGAUGAACGUGGAGAAAUUGCUGCUAUUAUCCAUCCUAAUCUGCAGGAUCAAGACUGGAAACCAUUGCACCCUGAGGAUCCCGUGUUUUUAACUCUUGAUGGAAAGACUAUUCCAUUGGGCGGAGACUGUACCGUGUACCCGGUGUUUGUAAAUGAGGCUGCGUAUUAUGAAAAGAAAGAAGCUUUCGCAAAGACGACGAAACUAACACUCAGUGCAAAGCGUAUUCGCUCCUCUUUACACUAG